CUAUAUCAUCCGACAAACCGAGAGCCCAACCACCACAGCGCGACGACACCUCGUCCUCGUUGGUAGCUAGCUCAUCAGCUAGCCAGCUCCGAUCUCCCCGGCACGAGGCUGAGCCGGCGAGCGCGCGGGCGAUGGCUGGGGCGGACGGCGCGGUCGUCUCCUCCUCCCGGCAGCGAGCGAUGCACGUCGUGAUCUUCCCGUGGCUCGCGUUCGGGCACCUGCUCCCGGGCCUGGAGCUCGCGCAGCGCCUGGCGUCGCGCGGGCACCGCGUGUCGUUCGUGUCCACCCCGCGGAACCUCGCGCGGCUCCCGCCACCGCCGCCCGCGCUGGCGCCGCGCGUGGACCUCGUGGCGCUCCCGCUCCCGCGCCUGGACGGCCUCCCCGACGGCGCCGAGUCCACCAACGACCUGCCGUCCGGCGCCUUCGAGCUCCACCGGAAGGCGUUCGACGGCCUCGCCGCGCCCUUCUCCGCGUUCCUCGACGCCGCGUGCGCGCAGGGUCCUGGGAGCAGGCCCGACUGGGUCCUCCUCGACAACUUCCACCACUGGGCUGCCGCCGCCGCCGUUGACCGAAAGGUGCCAUGCGCGAUGCUCCUGCACUUGCCCGCGACCAUCUUUGCCGCGCUCGCCGACGCCGCCCAGACACGGCCCGAGCUGGCUGGCACUGGCGGUGGGCAACAACAGCACGAAGCCACCGGAGACGGACAGCCGGCGGCGGCGGCUCCGAGGUUCGAGGCGGAGCGGAACAGGAACUUGUACAGCACCGAAGGCGCCUCGGGGAUCUCCGUCGGGCAGCGCUUCUUCCUAACCAUGCGGUGCUGCAGCUUCGUCGGCCUGCGGACCUGCGCCGAGCUGGAGCCGGAGGCCCUCUCUCGCCUCCCUACGCUCUUCGGCAAGCCGGUCGUCCCCUUCGGCCUCCUGCCGCCGUCGCCCGACGGAGCCCGCGCCGCCGGUAACGGCGGCGGGACCGACGCCAUCAUCCCGUGGCUGGACGCGCAGCCGGCGGAGACGGUCGUGUACGUCGCGUUGGGGAGCGAAGUGCCACUGAGCAUCGAGCUGGUGCACGAGCUGGCUCUGGGGCUGGAGCUCGCCGGGUUCCCCUUUCUCUGGGCUCUGAGGAAGCCCGUCGGCGUCGGCGACGCGGACAUCCUCCCUCCGGGAUUCGAGGAGCGCACGCGCGGCCGUGGGCUCGUCGCCAUGGGGUGGGUUCCGCAGAUCAGCAUCCUGGCGCACGGUGCCGUCGGCGCGUUCCUGACGCACUGCGGGUGGAACUCCACCAUCGAAGGGCUUCUGUUCGGACGCCCUCUGAUCAUGCUCCCGAUCCAUGGCGACCAGGGGUCGAACGCGCGGUUGAUGGAGGGGCGGCAGAUCGGAGUGCAAGUGCCGAGGGAUGAAGAGGACGGGUCGUUCGACCGUCAUGCUGUCGUGAGGGCAGUCCGUGCCGUCAUGUCCGAGGAUGAAAGCAGGAAGACCUUUGUGGCCAAUGCGAGGAAGCUGCAAGAGAUGGUGGCGGACAGGACGUGCCAGGAGAGAUGCAUUGACGAAUUCGUCGAGCGCUUGAGAUCCUCCUGUUUGGGAUGAAGAGAUUGGCUAAGGCCUAAUAGGUACCCAGAAAUCCAAUAUUUGUGGAUUCAUAAAAUCGAACACAUUAGAAGGAAGGUCUAUUUGGAUGAGUUAAUGAUUAAUCUAUACGCGGCACCCGAGCGUUUUGGACUGAGUUAAAGUUGAGUGCUAAAUUUAGCAUAUAUUAGCAUUUAUAUCUUGAAAGUUUUUAGGUUUUGACUAAAGUUUAGCUUACUCUCGCACUUCCUGUUUAGAUAAACUAGUGCUAAAGUUUAGCGCUUUCACCUAUUAGCAUUUGGAUCUAAACACGAUCUAAGUAAUUUUAAUC